UAGCACAUAACCUCUUGGCCUGAUUGCAUUCACACGAUGGCUCAACUUUCGUUUGCAAAAGACGCCCUAUCCACGAGCACCGACUACGCAGCUUGUAAUCCUGUGCUAGGUCAGGUCUCUUCCGAGCUUGAGAAUCAAUUCCACAGAAGGAAGCUGCUCGCAUCUCUUCGUGGGCAAACAAUCAGGGUACCGGAUCUCAAGCCUCUGUUUAGUCAUUGGCCAACAAAGACAAAUGACGGCAUCGAUCAGAUGCGACAAGACAUACAUAAAUGGCUAGAUAGUACUGUGGCUCCGGGAAACAUGUUGGCUGGACUGCAGGCAUCCGAUUUUGGCCUGUUUGGCGCGACGUGGUGGCCAUGUGCGCCUUUCGAAAGACUAAGAAUCGUCACCUACCUAGCUGUCUGGCUCUUCACUUGGGAUGAUGAAAUCGAUCUUUCUGAUGGAACCAUGUGGAAUGAAUUCGGUGCAGCGCAGAGCUACCGCGAGCAAACAAUUGCCUACGUGCGCUAUUCACUCGGAAUUGAUGUCGACAAACCAAGCAUUGAAAAUCGAAUCAUCCUCAAUUUCGACCCAAUAGGUGCUGCAGUGCGAGGUCGAUACACCCUAGAACAACGCCACAUGUUCCUCAAAGAGAUGGAAUUUUUCAUGGAAAUGUCAGAGAGGGAACAGAUUCUUCGACUCUCCGGCGGUAUAGCUUCGAUGGAAGAGUUCUGGGAGUAUCGCCUUGGGAGUAGCGCUGUGACCGUGUGUCUUGCGCUCAACGAAUUUAGCUGGGAUGGCAUGGAUCUACCUCUCCAAUUCUAUGCUGAUGGGGAUGUGAGAGCGCUCUUUAGGCACACAAACACUAUCAUCUCGGCAGUGAAUGACCUUCUCUCGAUUAAAAAGGAGAUAAAGCGGGACGCGAUCGAUAGCCUGAUUCCCAUCAUUUACUUCCGCACGAACGACAUUCAGACCGCCGUUCAGCAGGUGGUGGCUUUCAUCGAGAAUGAGAUCAAGGACUUCGAUGCGGCAGCUGCAUCACUGAUCAGAAAGUACUUGGACGCCGAGCCAGCCAUUCAGAACCACGUACAUAAAUUUAUUGAUGGGUGCAAGUACUACUCAACUGGAAAUCUUACCUGGAGCCUCGAGACAGACCGGUAUGGAGUUGACCAUGUGGAGGAUCGGUCGGGAGAUAUUGUGAUGAUUCUGUAGAUACAGCAGUUUAUGAAAGAAGCUUCCGUACGAAGGGCGAUGAAUGAAAACAGCAUUUAGAUCAUAUCUAUGCUGCAUGAGGUGAAGUGUUCUCUAAAUUGUUCUACAAUGCAAACAAAAAUUGAUUUCAA